GUGGCGCGCGGGGGACGCUGACGCUGGAACAAAGAUGGCGGCCCGCGGCGCUGGGGCCGUGCUGGGGCUGCUGCUGCUGCUGCUGCUCCGCGCGGGCCCGGCCCGCGCCCGCGUCCACCACCUCACCCUCAAAGAUGAUGUGAGGCAGAAAGUGCACCUGAAUACCUUUGGCUUCUUCAAGGAUGGUUUCAUGAGAGUGAAUGUCAGCAACCUUUCCCUGAAGCCAGAACCGAGCCCUGAUGACUUGAAGACUUUAUCAGUGGGAUUCAGCUUGGAUCGAACAAGGAAUGAUGGUUUCUCCACUUACCUGGAUGAAGAAGUGGAUUAUUGUAUCUUGAAGAAGACUCCAGAGCCAGAUGUCUCUGUUGUAAUCUUACUCCUGGAGAUCCAAAAGAAAGUUGUGAAAGUACGGUUCUCUUCAGAAGCUGCUUCUUUGUUACCUAAAAUUUUAUUUGUAUCUGAGGAAAAUGGUACUGCCUUAAAUACCAAGCUGCUAAAAACAUCUGAACUGAGCAGUGAUUCUGAUAAAAAUCCUCCAAAGACCAAUGAAAAUGCAGGUGACAAAGAUAAGAAGUCCAAAAGAAGUACAACAUCCUCCCAGAGCAUGGUAGAACAAGAACAUCCUGUACGCAGUGACGAAGGAACUUACUCAUUUCAGUUCUUUUUUAACAUCAGCUCGGAUAAACAAGAAGGUCUCUACAGCCUCUAUUUCCAUAAGUGUGUUGGCAAGAAAGGGCCAGCUAAUGAUCAGCUGCUGUUUAGUCUUGAUAUAGAUAUUACGGAAAAGAAUCCUGAAAGCUACCUCUCAGCAGGUGAAAUCCCACUGCCAAAACUUUACAUUUCCAUGGCUCUCUUCUUUUUCCUUUCUGGGACUGUAUGGAUCCACAUACUUCGUAAACGCAGAAAUGAUGUCUUUAAGAUCCACUGGCUCAUGGCAGCCCUUCCUUUCACCAAAUCAUUGUCCUUAGUCUUCCAUGCGAUCGACUAUCAUUACAUCUCUUCUCAGGGAUUUCCCAUCGAGGGUUGGGCUGUUGUUUAUUACAUCACUCACCUACUGAAGGGAGCUCUUCUGUUCAUCACUAUUGCCCUCAUUGGUACAGGCUGGGCUUUCAUUAAACACAUCCUGUCAGAUAAAGACAAAAAAAUUUUCAUGAUUGUCAUCCCACUUCAGGUACUGGCAAACGUGGCCUACAUUAUCAUAGAGUCAACAGAGGAGGGGACAACUGAGUAUGGACUGUGGAAAGAAAUCCUUUUCCUGGUGGACUUGCUGUGCUGUGGAGCCAUCCUGUUCCCAGUGGUAUGGUCAAUAAGACAUUUGCAAGAGGCUUCAGCAACAGAUGGGAAAGCUGCCAUUAACCUAGCAAAGCUGAAGCUCUUCAGACAUUACUAUGUCAUGAUUGUGUGUUACAUUUACUUCACACGGAUCAUUGCAAUUCUCAUAAAGAUUGCUGUUCCAUUCCAGUGGAAAUGGCUGUACCAGCUCCUGGAUGAAAUGGCCACACUGGUGUUCUUUGUCCUCACUGGGUACAAGUUCCGUCCAGCAUCAGACAACCCUUACCUACAGCUCUCUCAAGAUGAUGAGGAUGACUUGGAGAUGGAAGCUGUGGUGACGACUUCAGGAGUAAUGGAGGGCAUGAAGAAAGUCAAGAAAGUGGUGAAUGGUUCAGCAGAGCCUCAGGGCGAAUGGGAAAGCACAGCAUGAUGGACUGGACUAAGGCAGCACUUUCAGAGAAACUUUUUUAAUUUAUUAAUAUUACUCUCAGUGGAAAGGGAGCAACUUGCACUCCCCACCACUGAAACUGCAGAGUGGGGUGUGGCUAGGGAGAGCAAAGCAGUGCAGAAAUAUAACAAUUCCUUUGAUCAUAAGAAAAUGGGAUCUCCUGGUACCUGCAAGGAGUGUGAAGCUUUCCUAGGGAUUUUGGGUAGCUUUUUUCCCCCCUUUCUGGAUCGGUUCUUUAUUCUGAAUUGUUGCGUUCCUCAGAAUGUGUAAUACUAAUGUGAAGAGGGAUCUUCAGUGUGUAUGUAAAGAAUAUAUUUUAUAUAAUGCUUAUAUAUAUACACACACACACACUUGCUUUGUAACAUGAAUGCUGGGACUUGCAAAGCCUGUCAGAAGGUGGGAAAAGAAGAUAAAGACAUGUAAGUAUUUUUUUUUUCUUUUUAUAAACUCUCCUUUUGGCUUGGAUGGAACAUUGCAAAACAAAUGGAUAGGAACAACUGCAGUUAUUUGAGAGACUGAACGGGUAUUGGAUCAGAUGACUUCUGCCACUGCUCAUGCAAGUGGGAAAGGUGAUAAGUAUCUUGUCUUAUGCCUGCAGGUGUCCACCUGAAUGUGUCAGGUUUUCAGAUGUGUUGCUAUACAGGAAAUGAGUGACUAUUCUCCAUUAAAGCACUAAGCCCAUAGUGCAAUAAGCAUUUAUGUACAUUCUCCACUGUCCAUGGAGUUGCUCUUGACUCACCCCCACCUGACAAGAAGUACACAAGAGAUGUAAGACUGAUGCUUGCUUUUUAGGGGUCUGCCUAAAUGUUUAUUUUCAAGCUGUGACCCAGAGCACAUUGGUUUGCUUCAUAAAAUAUUUUCAAGGUAUUUCAAAAGUCACUCCUUUCUGGCACAGUAUAAACAGUACCAGACUCUCCAGUGGAAAUUUGUCUAGCCAUUUUACUGCAGCAUAAAUCUCUGGUUCACAGUUACUCUUGAGUUACUGGGCCACUCUGGAUGGCUAUUUGUACCUCUCUGGCUGUGUGGGAUUAACAGCACUGCUGUUUGAGAUGAGCUGAACUGGCCAAAGUGGUAUUGCCAUCAAAACCAGGCAACUAUAACUCCCAGUCCUAAAUGUUUUGGGGUUUUUUUGUCAGGAGAGGAGAAGAUUAUGACCAGAACCUCGAUGCAGAGGAAUAUGGAAUCCUUGACUGUUAGCUGCAGACUUGCAGUGGAGUCUUAACAGACACAUUCCAAAAUGCCACGUGUGUUUUCUCUGUAGUCCCUGGGGUUGUCAGUAGGGCAGUUGGUGUCCAGAGCUGUAGUAGUGAAAAUGGGUGCUCAUCUGGGAGAGGAUGGAAGUGGCUCACUGGUGGAAUGAGGAUUAGCUUUAACAAAAAUAAAUCAGCUGUAGGUCACUGACCCACUGAAGCCUUAAUAUUCAUGCAGACACACUGACAUGUGGUGCUGAGGAGCCAAGUGCUUCUGCCAGGGUGUCAGGGAGAGGCAUCAGCAGAGCUCUGGAUGUGCCAGCAUCGCUUACAGACUUGUUCAGGAAUUGGUUUUAUUUUAGUCUGCAAGCUGAGAAGGAGGAUUUCCUCCAGAAUCUUGAGCCACUUCCUCAUUCCUGAGCAGGGAUUGUGGAGCUCUUGGGGAGCUGUCUGCACCAAGCCUUGCUAUUUGAGGAGCAGCAUCCCCUUCCCCCAUUGCCACUUCUUUUCCCAGGUGUUGGUUCUAUGCACCAUGGAGGUGGUAGAAACAGAUCUACCUGCUUUGAUACCUGGAACUGCUUUCUCUUCAGAUGAAGCACAAGAAGAAGAGCAUCUGUCUCUGGCUGCAGAAUCCUCUUUUGUUUUCCUCCUCAGCUGUAACUUCACAGUUAUCCCAGCAGUGAUGGUUUGACUUUGCUGUCAUUGCCUUGCAGUGAGACAGUUUUAGUGAGGAGAGAUCCUGUACCACUGGAAAGGCUGUUUGGUGACCUAUGGGCCUUUAGGCCUUCUGGAGGAAGAAAUCUACGUAUUUAGCCUGAAGUGUGAGAAAUUGGAUCAUAAACACAUGCAGUCCCAGCUCUUACAUUUAAAUGCAAUACCUGGAAAAACUUAUCCUCUGCAGUUACUCUAUCCCUUGUGAUUCCCUGCAUCCAAAGGGCUGCUCAAACAGGCUGUAAAGUUUGUUCAGAGAAGCCCACUGAAGUCUUGAAGUGUGUUGGCACUGAGGUAUGUAAGGGAUAAGGAACAAAGUGCAUCUGGACAAUGCUAUUCUGGAGCCUGUUAAUCCUUUUGUGAAUGAGAUGUGAAAUUGUCAUAGGUGUGGCAUUUCACCCAGAACCACGAGGGCUGUGCUGUAAUCCCAGGGAAUGCUGAGCUGGUUCCAAACAGCUGCCUGUUCCAUACCUGAGCACCAAUGGAGUUGACAACUUGGCAAGUGCUGUUACCUUAGUCUCAGGUUUUGUUUGGUUUUUUUUUAAUAUGCACUUUUUUUGCUAAAGUUGCAUAUGGUGUAGGUUUAUCUGCCAAGUCCCUGGCUCACCAGUCAAAGGCCAAAAAAUGGGUCAUUUCUUUUUGUCUUGGCAUGAAAACCUACAGCAGUAUUCUGGAAGUUUUACAAGAGCUUUUUCCAAGUUCAGCCCUGAGCUUCAGCAGUCAGCUCCACAACCAGCUUCUGCUGGUGCUUUUCACAGGAUGCCAAGCAGCAGGAAAUGGUCAGACCUGAGCAUUAGGAAGGGAAAUCAAAGUCAUGGACAAGUCAAAACCCAAAAGAUUCUUAUUGUGGCCAUUUCCAAAAUGAAUUUUCUCUGGUGCAAUUCCUUGGAUCAGGACAGAAAGCCUGUCUUGAUGGAUGGGAUGGCAGCUGGGAAGUUGGAGGGUGGAGGGGAUAGCUGCAGUUCUGCUUUUCUCCAGCACAGCUGGUGCUGCACUGCAAAUCAUCAAAGACAGGACUACUCCCUCCCCUCCUUCCCAGGCAAACCCACAGCUGCAUGACUGGCACUGCAUAACUCCAGGGCUAGUGGAGUGCAGCAGCUUGGAGCUCCCCAGGCAGGAUAAUCAGUGCUUGCCUUUCACUUGCUGAUGGCUGUUUAUCUGGUAGGAAGCUCUGCCUCUCACAGGGAGGGAAGUAGAGGAGCUGUUGUGGAUUACAGGUCGUUUAGGGAUGUGCAGCUUUGCUUCCCUGCUUUUACUGAAGUGAGGAGCUGAAGCAAUCGCCAACAGUACCCAGCAGCAGAGUGGCAGGAGUCCUGGAACACCAGGUCUGCUGCAAUGGGAAUAAAUGGUUUGAAUGCUUUCCUGUAUGCUGCUGCAACUGAGCACUCAGUCCCCUCUGCAAACAAAAACGAGAUUGGUUCAGUCUUCACUUUAAUGCAGGUUAUGCCCCAGUAAAUCCCUGUGGAUGCUGACAUGCACAUGCCACUGCUGCACUCCUCCUUCAGCUGCUCAGCAGGCUGUCUUCCAGAGGAAGCCUCCUUGCAGCGCAACUGCCAGACUCUUGCAUUCUUCAGGCUGGAAAAUGUUUUCCUUGAUGGUUCAUCAAGAGACAUACUAAAAGAAAGCAAGACAUAAUGGGGUCAUGUGGAACAGUGCUGCUGCCUGCUCGGAGUGGAGCAGUUGGAGUUGAAGAAGCCACAUGCUGUCCUGUUAAGAUGCUCUUUCAUGUUGUUGUCUAACUGGGUGUGUUGUGAUGUGUGCAGUGCAUUGUUCAGUGUUUCUCUCCAGCUCAGUGCCCUGAUCCUGGAUUUCCAUGCUGGCAUGCCCUGGGAGAGCAUGUUGUAAAAAUUUGCUGCAUUGCAGCAUUUUGUCUGGAGCUCCUAGUGUGGAAGAUGUAUUUUCUCUAAGCUGAGUGGACUCUCUCUGGCAUGAGUGUGCAUCCACCAUGUGUCCUUGGGCACUGUAGCAUUCCUUCUGGCCGUGAAAGGCCAUAUCCUGAUCACUCCAGUGUGCACAUCUGGUGCAAGUCCUGUAGAAGAUUUUUUGUGUUAAGUCUUUUUUUUCUUACCGUGUGUUCCUCUUAGAGAAAAGUAGCUGAGCCACUGACAAUCAAAUGGAUGAGAAGGGAGGGGAUUUUGUUGUUUAUUUGAAAACUGCCCAAUUUGAAGCAAAUACUGGGUACUGUAGGCUCUAUUGAGCUCUGAGAACUGGAGUUCUCUAGUUAUUAAGGAGAGGGAAGGGAAUCUUUCUUCCUUUAGCCUACUUGGUUUGUCUCCUUCGAUUUGGCCUGUCAUGCUAGCUAACAGAUUGCUGUCACUUUACAGAAGAUGUUUUAUAGCUCCUGUGUUAUGGUCUGUGCUUCAGUCAUAGUGCACGUCCCCAUUUUUCACCUGUGUACAAAGAGUGAGGAGCUGGGGUCUGCAGGAGUGGGAGGUGCAGUGAGGUUUGAACAUAGUGGGACUCACACUGAAACUGUGACCUGGUGUGUAGUGUCAGUAGCCUCAAUGUUUCAUGAAAGCUGAGGUGGUGCUGCCCAGAGACACUUGACCAAUGUUUCUUUGUGUUCCCUGGGGCUGAUACGCUGUAAAACGUUCUAAAUUGAAUUAAUUUGGCUUAUUUUUUGUAGCUGCUGGAUACAAUACUUUUGGGCUGAUUAAUCACUUUUCCUUAGCAAUGUGGGGAAGCUGUGCAUUUUCUCUUUGUAGUAUCUUGCCUGGAUAUAGCAAUGAUCCAGUGAGAGCUGCAUAUGAUCUGUGCUCCCAAGUGGCUGGAACAGGAUGUAGGAAAAUACCAGUACUCAGGUGUUGAGUGGUGUAGGAAGAAAGUGGCUGAGAAAAGAGUCACUCCUUUAUAGGCUGACUGGCUCAAGAACCCAUUUAUGUUUUGACUGCAGCAAUCCUCUAGAAAGGACAAUUCUUAAUAAAUAUUUCCCUGUGGGAUUUCA